AGCAAUCCCUGAUACUUACUUGCAUGCGCCAUGACGCCCGUGGAGGUACCCAAUGCAGCAGGAGGAGGAGAAAUGAGGAGAGUGAACGUGGUGUACUUCCUCAGCCGGAAUGGCCGGGUGGAACACCCGCACCUCCUCCGCAUCCAUCGCCGUCGUCGAGACCACGUUUACCUUCGCGAUGUGAAGAGAUGGCUGUCGGAGUUCAGAGGGAAGGACAUGGCCGACUCCUUCGCCUGGUCCUACAAAAGACGGUAUCGAGGCGGAUACAUAUGGCAGGACCUGAUGGACGACGACCCCAUCACGCCCUUCGCCGACGCCGAAUACGUGCUCAAAGGCUCCGAGCUCGCCACGGAUCCUCCCGUCUCCACCCCCAGCAAACAGGUGAUGAUGCCGGCGUCGACGUCGGCGGUCGAUGAGGAACCACCCAAAGUGGCGGCCUCAUCUGACGCCGACACUCUACUGGUGUUGCCGCCAUCGCCAACACAGCAGAAAGCGGCACCCGAGAUCGACGCGUCGAAGGUGGAGGCGAAGGAGAAGCCGAACGAGGAGAAGGAGGAGGAGAGAGGGGCAUCGAUAAUGGACAGCAGCAGCGACAGCAACAACUGCUCGAAGCGAGCGACGCAGGCGCUACGUAACAUCCUCCGGUGCAAGACCGCGGAUCAGACCGACGACGGGGCCCUGCGGCCGAUAAGCCGAGAGGGAGAGGAGCGGUCCGGCGGUGGCCGCGGCGGCGACAGUGAGGGUUCAAGGUGAUCGCAUCGGUGCCAUUAGGAGUCAUCUGCUUUGCAUUUACAGGCCUUGCUGCUGUGUGCUGAAGAGUUGGA